AUGGCUUCGGAGAAACGAAAUUUCGGACCAGUCGUCACUUCGCUGCAGAACGCAGUUGCAAAACGAUUGGUGAAGCUGCUUGUUCUUGUGGAAGAGGACCAGGAUCUCUGGCAUCAGGACCUGAUAGACAGACUCUCCUUGCCACCAACAACUGAUGUCAUCGUUGUCUCUCCUGACGUGUUCCGAAAGAUCUCAGGGUUGGAGACGACAGAGGGAAGGCAGGUCCUGGCAGAGAUAGGACUACCUGAGCAGUGCGAUCUCCGUACGUCCAAGCGCAUCAUCGUCCUCGAUCGCAUUCAAGAUCCAGGAAACCUCGGAACGCUUCUGCGGACGGCAGCAGGACUGGGGUGGGAUGCUGCUCUCCUGCUAGAUGGCUGCAGCGAUCCCUUCAAUGAGAAGGCCAUCCGGGCAGCCAGAGGAGCUCAGUGGAGGCUGGGCGUGUGCUACGGCGACACCGCGCUACUCAAGGAAGAAGCCGCAGCAGCAGGCAAAGGCUCCUCCCUCCUCCUCCCCCUCCUCCUCUUUUGUGCCCUCCCAGGAAGAUGUUUUUGA